CUGUUGCUGAAUUCCAAGAUCUGCAAUAACCAUCAAUUAUUCUUUAUUUAUUAAUUUAUUUAUUUAAAAAAACUCUCUUCUUCACCUUUUUUCUCAAUUCCCCUUCUCUGCUUCCCCAUUGGCGGAGCUCUCAACUCAGUUCUAAGCUAUCUGUUUGUCUCUCUCCUCUUUUUUAGAGAGAGAAAGAGAUGGUGAGUGAUAAACAAAAACACAAUCUGUACCACUUGAGUCCACACACAUCAGAGUGAGCUCGACAUUUAUAAAAGAAGAAGAAGAAGAAGAAGAAAAUAUAAAAAAGGGAAAAGAUUUAAAAGACGCAGCCAAUUAGGGCUUCGUCGGAAAGUUAAGCACACAGAGAAAAAAGGGUCUGGUUUUCUCUGCCAUUUGGAGAUUCUUCUUGGUUUUUGUUUUCUGCGAUGGAGGUGGUUCGGACGAGGAUGGAAUGGCUCGAAGCUUGAAGAUUUUUGGAAUUUUUGCUGGAUUUUUGGCGGCUUAGGGUGGAAUUCGGGGUUUUCUGAGCACUUUUUGGUUGGUUUUUAGAGGAGCGAUGUUGUGAUUCUUCUUGUUUUCGUCGUUGUUUUGAGCCGUGGAAAUCUACGGUUCUUGUGAAACUGAGGUUUUUGGUUUCGGAGUUCGGAGAAGUAGAUUGAUUGAAGAGAUUUCGUGUUUUGGAGGCGAUUAUUGUUUUGGGUAGGUUAUGGUUUUUUGUCGGAGGAGAAAGAAUGGCGACUGAGUCUAACACAGGGUUUCACUUCGAGGAAACGUUGAGCUCCGCGCUGAAUCGGCACGCGAUUUCGUUCCAGUCCGGCGCCAUAAACAGCACGUCGGAGAUGCUUCCGUUUGGUAAUUACUUUGGCGUGAAUAGCAGUAUGUUCUCUGGACAUAGUAAUAAUUCGGCCAUCAUUGGGAACAAUCCGGUGAUUGGUGGUGGUGGUGGUGGUGGUGGUUCUCUUCUGCUCGAUUCGGUUCCGGGGCUUAAGCAUGAUGUGGGCUUGGCUGUUGAGUGGUCCGUCGAAGAACAGCACAAAUUGGAGAGAGGCCUUGUCGAAUAUGGUAAUGAACCGAGCAUAAUGAGGUACAUCAAGAUUGCAGCCUUGUUGCGUGAAAAAACUGUCCGUGAUGUUGCUUUGAGGUGUAGGUGGAUGAUGAGAAAGCGGAGGAAACCGGAAGAGAUUAUUUUGGGGAAGAAAGUGCACAAUAGAAAGGAUAAGCUAAUGGAGUCAUCUUCAAAGAUAAAUGUAACUUCAUUUCCUCCCUUAGACGUGGCUGGAUAUCCUUUUAUAAUGAAUCAUAUGGACCAGAACAAAUGCAUGCCUUUCGAAGGAGUAAGUGGUACAGCCAAGCAUCUCUUGGAACAAAAUGCGCAAACUUAUAAUCAAAUUACAGCUAAUUUGUCUACGUACAAGUUACAGGAAAACAUUGACCUCUUUUGUCAAACGAGGAACAACAUAAGUGCUAUCUUGAAUGACAUGAGAAAUAUGCCUGGCAUAAUGAGCCGAAUGCCUGAGCUUCCUGUAUCCAUUGACGAAGUUCUUGCAAACAAUAUUUUGCCUAACACAGCUUAGGUAAGCUCUCACGUGAAUGACUCACACCGAACUCGCAUUGUGUUCGUGCGCGCUUGUGCACAUGUUAUGAAAGCAAGGGCCAGGGUUAUGGGAAGGGAGAAAACGAUGGCUUUUCCAUGUGUUAUGUUGGUUUAUUAUCUUCUCUUUUAAGUUGGAAGGCCUUUCAAUAUGAACUAUAAAUUCGAAGUAUUUCUCAUUUUUCAUACGUGGUGGCGAUGCAUGCGUUUCUCUUUUCGUUAGACCUAUCCUUGUGAAUAAUCAUUCUCUAGAUAUCCCUAUUUCCAGAUCCACCAUUUUUUUUCUUCUUUAGUUGAUUUUGCAUUUGG